CUUUGGUAACGGAGUGUAACUGAGCGUUUGAGGGGCGGGUCUUCUGUCUUCCCCUCGUCGGAAGUAGGCGCAGACGUCCCUUCUUUUUUAUAUCCAUUAAAAAAAGGACUCCCCCUUUCCCCCAUAAAGAGAAACAUGGAGGCCAAAAUGGAAGAGUAAACGAAAAACGGGAACAUAAUUCACCCCUUUUGUUUUCUUAAAUCGUGUGGACCGGAUGAAAUCCAACUGUGGUUUUCGCCGCUUCGCCGGGGAGGUAGCUGUAUCUGCUGGGGAGGUUGGCUCGACCAGGAUAGGUAGAGAUGAAAUUUACCGAACCCUGGGAGCGCCAGAGGCUGUGUUCUCUUCUGGAGAACGCAGUCUCUAGGGAAGCCAUGAUGUGGAAGGCCUACGUGCCAAAGAAGCCCUCCCCACAGGAUACAGACAUCUCCCCGGCCCAGAGAGACGAGGCAGUGCGCUGGCUGGCAGAGGUCCACGGCAGUCUGCAGCUGUACCCAGAGACGCUAGCGCUAGCCGUUAGCAUCCUGGACCGCUUCCUAGGCCCAAUCAAGGCCCGCCCCAAGUACCUACGCUGCAUCGCCAUCGCCUGCUUCUUCCUGGCUGCUAAGACCUGCGAGGAAGAUGAGUGCGUGCCCUGCGUCAGUGUGCUGGCUGGCUCCAGCGGCUGUGACUGUACGGUCUCUGAGAUCCGGCGGAUGGAGCGGGUCAUCCUGGACAAGCUGCACUGGAACCUCCACACUGCCACGCCGCUCCACUUCCUGCAGAUCUUCCAUGCUCUGCUGGUGUGUGGGGGCUCCAUGGUUCUGGUGGGGGGCAGUCGCUCCCAGCACCUCUCCCUCCUCACCCGCCGGCUACACCACUGCCUGGCCGACCACACACUCACACAGGUGCGCGGCUCCAUGCUAGCUCUGUCUCUCAUCUCCCUGGAGCUGGAAUCCUGCUGUUCUGACUGGCUGAUACUUACCAUAGACCUGCUAAGCAAGGCCAAGAUGGACAGCCGGGAGUUGAUCCGGUGCAGAGAGCAGUUGUCCCGUCGUCUUUCCACUCAGAGAGCUUCCCUCCCUCCCAACACGCUGUACAUCUACCACCCCCGCCAGGACCCCCCCCGCCGGGCCCCGCCCCCCCCGGCCCCUGGCUCCACUCUCUCCACCGCAACACAAGACCCGGCCUCCAGCGAGGGGGCGGGGACCCCCCACUCCCACUCCAGCCCCACCCCUCCUCUUCUACCUGCCCAGCUCCACCGCCCCCAUCUGCACACCCUCAGCGUGCGACGCAAGCCCUCUGCCAAACGCAAGGUGGAGGUGAUGGAGGUGGACGACUUCUUCGAUGGAAUCAAACGUCUGUACAACGAAGAGUCUGAGCCCCCUGCGGGCGGACGAGGAGGAACAGGAGGAGGAGAGGAGGAGGACCGGGGGCGGGGUUUAUGCAGUGUCCUGGCGCCCAGACAGGAAGGCAGCGUCUCCCCCUGCCCGCCUCUGCAGCCCAUCCCCGCCCCCUAGUGGAGGAAGAGAAGACCACCGCAGCCACACACCGUGUUUACUGAAACCCUCGCAGUGCUCAGAUGACCUGCCACGCCCUCUAGACCCUAGGGUAACCCCUCUACAUCUGAAGCCCCUUCUAGACCCUGUUAGCGCAACCUCAUCUAUCGCUAGCUGUGGCUAGCUGUGACUAGCUUUAAGAAGCUGGGUUAUAUGCUAGUUAGCUGUAACCAGCUGUGGCGAGCCACAAUCAGUGACUGGUUGCUAGAUAGCAGUGAGAGUUUAGCAGUGUCUAGUUAAUUGAAGCUCGUGGCUGGUGAACAGUGAGGGGCUUGCAGUACUUUUAGGGUCUCAGCAAACGGGUGGUGUGUGUUCGGUGGUCCCUAGUGGAGGAGCAACGUUCUGAGGCAGCUUCAGUUCACCUCACAGUCCAAGCACAGAGCCACCAAAAAUCUACUCAAACACAAAAACAAAAUGUCUAAAAAAAGUAUAUAUAUAUGUAUGGAAAAAAAGGCAGAAAGGUUCCUUUAAAAAAAAGUAGAAUUGACUUCCCUGAGCAUUGUUUGGAGCCUAACACAAUAUGAUUUAUGUUACGUUUCUCACUGUAAACUAAACGUUUUUAUUUGUUUUAUUUAUGCUUUCCUUUCUUUCUCUCCUGUCUCUUUUAAUAGUAGUGUCAUUUCCCUUCCCUGUUCAAAUGUUACAUGCAUGUUUAACUGUUUCACCUAUUUAAAAUUAACUACUG